UUUUAAAUUCAUGCAUCUCUGUAAUACUUGUGGUAGGUGAAUACUUGUGGUGGGUGAAUCAGAAGUUAAAAUGGCGGAAUUUCAGAAGCGAGAUUCAGUUUUUAUUAAGGAAGUGUGGGCUUAUAAUGUGGAGGAAGAAAUUGAAGCGAUCCGAUCGGUGGUGAAGGAAUAUCCGUAUGUUGCCAUGGAUACAGAGUUUCCCGGAACUGUUGUGAAACCGACCCUGAAAUUUAGAAGCAAGAAAGAUUAUCAGUACAGCAAUAUGAUGGUCAAUGUAAAUUUGCUUUCUCUAAUCCAACUCGGCCUGACAUUUUUCGACAAAGAUGGUAAUCUGCCCGACUGCGGUACAGGGCAGCCCUGCGCCUGGCAGUUCAAUUUCAGGGAAUUUGAUCCAGCGGUAGAAAUCCAUGACCCUGAGUCCAUUAGUCUUCUCACACAAAGUGGUAUUGAUUUCAAGAAAAAUAAUGCGAUAGGUAUUGAUGCCAAAGGGUUUGCAAGGAUGCUGACAUUGUCUGGCAUUUUCUUCAAUGAGAAUGUUCACUGGAUUGCAUUUCAUGGUGUUUAUGAUUUUGGGUAUAUGCUGAAGCUCCUUACUUGCAGUCCAUUGCCGCCCAGUGGAGACCAAUUUUUUGAGCUUAUGAAAUUUUACUUCCCAAGUAUUUAUGAUGUGAAGUAUUUGAUUAAGUACUGUGAUGGCUUGUAUGGAGGGCUUAAUAGACUGGCUGAGUUGCUCAAUGUGCAGAGAGUUGGGAUUGCCCAUCAAGCAGGGUCUGACAGCUUGCUUACCUGCUCUGUUUUUAUGAAAUUGAAACAGGGGUUUCCUGAGACAUAUAUGGACAGAUUUGCAAAUGUGGUGUAUGGAUUGGGUUAGGGCAUUAGCUUUUCAAAGCUUUCACCUCUUUCUGUUCUGUAUAUUUUAAUUGCAAUUACAAAGCAAUUCAAAAUUGGAUUUCCCAGAAAAA